AUGUUUUUUGUUUUUUCAAGAGAAAACGCGUUCAAUGUUGUUGUUUUGUUUUUAACUAUCAGCACGCGCGUCCCUUCGGACGUGACCGUCUGUCCGCCUCUCCGGGACGUGACGUCCAGCCGGACAAAAGUUUUAUUAUUCUUUCUACUCUAGCGUGAGCACGAUGUGUUGACAUUUCGGGACCAGCAUCACCUCCCUCCUCCUCCUCCUCCCCCGCGAGGUCCGCCUCUGCCGAGAGGUUCGUCGCAGAGGUCACGGGCGGCGUGAACCUGGUAGGGAAGGAAGUUCCACUGCCACGGAUUUACAACUCAGCCCGAGGAGUUUCCCCACGCAGCAGCAGCAGCAUCAGCAGCAGCCUCCUUCCUCCUACCCCCGGCCAGAUCCGGUCCGUUCCAGCACCGGCGACGGCUCUCACCUGCGACCUGCCACGGCCACCACCGCCACCUGCCACGGCCACCACCGCCACCUGCCACGGCCACCACCGCCACCUGCCACGGCCACCACCGCCCUGUACCAACAACCGCUGCCUGCAGCGACGUUGCUAAAGGCGACUCGCAUCCCAGGCACCGGCCGCCGCAAGAGGCGGCGAGUCCGCUGACCGCAUCGGUUGGCAGAAGCGAGUGCCAGUCGCCUUUAACGCUGCCGCAUAGGCACCGCCUCGCCGCGUUGGACUUUCGACCGCGCGAUUCACAGAAGAGGAGGAGGAGGAAGAGGAGGAGGAGGCGCCGCUGCUGCCGCCGGGUCUCGAGAGCGAGGGAGGCGAGCGGGGACGCCUGUUGAAGGUGACUCCGAAGCCAAGCCCGUCGGCUGUGCCCUGUGUAAGGAGGACCUCUUAUUCUUCUUCCACUGCUCUGCCGUGGCUGUCUGCGCCGCUCUCUCCGCCGUGAUCCCCGCCACCGCCGCCACCAUGGAGAAGCCCCUUCACUUCAUCCGCAGCGACGCGGACGGCAAAUUCGUGGUGGACGAGUCGGUGGCCACGCAGCUCGCCCUGCUGCCCGAGGGCCCCGCGGAGGUGGUGGCCAUCAUCGGCAGCAGCCGCACGGGCAAGUCCUACUUGCUGUCACGCUUCUUCGGCUGGGGCAAGGGCGGCUUCGAGACGGGCGCGAGCACGCGUCCCGUGACGCGCGGCGUGUGGUUGUGGAGCCGCGAGCACCCCCUCCGGCCCGAUGCGCGCCUCGUGCUGCUCGACACGGAGGGCCUGGAUGAGCCCAGCACGGCCGAGGGCCGCGACUAUGACUACAAGCUCUUUUCGCUCACCGUGCUGCUCGCCAGCUGCGUGCUCUACAACACCGUGGGCAAGAUCCAGCGCAGCGACAUCGACGCCCUGCGCAUCGUGCUGAAGCUCUCCGAGUACAUCCGCCUGAAGCCGGCACCGGGGACGCACAGUGGUACCGGCCAUGGGGAGGAGCUGGCCGGAUCCCUUUGCUGGGUGAUGCGAGACUUCCACCUGGCGCUGGACUCCACGCCUGACAAGUACAUGGAGGAGGCAUUCAGCCGCUUCGAGUCGUCCUCCGAAGGGAAGCUCGUGGACUCGCUGCGCAAAUACUUUCCUGUGCGGCGCUGCUUCCCGCUCAGCACGCCGCUGGCGAACGCCGCGCAGCUCGGAGAGCUGGACAACAUGUCUCCGAGCGAGCUGAACGAGGACUUCAGGAGGCAGGCGGAGGACAUGAUCAGCACCGUGCUCACGUCCGUGGUGUCGCCCAAACGUAUCAUGAGCGACGACGGCUCGAUCCGCACGCUCGACCCGCUGCAGUUCGUGACGGUGGCCCAGCACUACGUGGCGGCGCUCAAUGCGGGCGAUCAGCCGUGCGUACAGGACGCCUACCUGGCGCUGCUCGAGUGGGACGCGCGCCGCGCCUCCGCCGAGGCUCUCCAGGCCCGCCGCGCCGAGCUGGAGGUCCGGCUGGGGGGCGCGGACCCUCCGCACGGGCCCGCCGUGCUCGCGCGGGCCCUGGCUGCGGCCCACAGCGCCGGCGUGUCGGCGUUCGUGAUGCGGCUCGCCGAGCUGGGCCUGCACAACGAGACGCCCGGCUUCCUCCCCGGCUUCCUGAGUGAGCUGACCGCAGAGCAGGAGGAGGACUGGAAGCACAACGAGAAGCUGUCGCGGGAGCGCAGCGCUGCGGCCCUGAAGGAGAUGGCGCGCGCCGCCCUGGGGGACGAGGGGGCGUUCAUGGUGCCCGGCGGGCACCUGCAGCUGGUGCUGGCGAUGCUGCGGCUCGUGCACGAGUUCAGCGAGAGGAAAGACCUGGGGCCGUGCGCAGCCGAGGCCCUGGCGGAGUUCCGGGAGUCGCGCUGUGCCCCGCUGGAGGCGGCGGUGUCGCGCUCCGACGCCGAGAUGACGCAGAUGGAGAAGGAGCGCGCCGAGCGCCGGGUCGCCGAGGAGAAGGAGAAGAUUCGCGAGCAGACGCGGGAGGAAACCAAACAGAAGUACAAGCAACAAAUGAGAGAAAAUGAAGAGAAGCACCUCGAGGCCGUUACUAAAUACAAGAUGGAGGCGCAGCAGGUGUGCGGCGAGAUGGAGAAGCUCAGGGAAGAGAAGGAGCGGGAGCUGGGGGAGGUGAAGGCCCAACACCGGACGGAGCUCGAGCGGCUCGAGGAGACGCACCGUGACACGGUCCGCCGCUUCCAGAAGCAGGAGAACACCGCAGCUGCACCCAGGCAGCAGCGACGCAAGAUCCCCCUGAUGUGCCUCUCCAAACAGAGCCAAGAUUAACCGCGGCAAGGGCGGCUCGGCAAGGUUUCUGCUCGGACGCCGGCGCGAGUGGACGUGGCUUCCCGAGGGCGGAGGUUCGGCACGUUUGGAGGAGGUGUUCGUGUUACCCAGCGCGUGUGUGAUUAGUGCUAUUUAAUGACAACCGGUAAGCUGGUAACCACUUCUAAAAUAAUUUACUGGUGCCAUAAGUCAGCAAACUGGUGAUCGUUUCCGGUGGAACUGUUAGUCACGAGUGCACCAAUUGGCUCAUGCCACCGUACAAACCGCGCGGCGGCCCCAAGUUACGUUCGCUCUCGUUUCUUAGUUGAAAGAUAAAGGUGUAGCUCUGAAAUUGCUCACUCGUGCCACUUGCGAAGCAUGCCUCGACACGCGGCAAGCCGAUGACUGCGUUUUUACCGUUUUUACCGUUCUGGAAAAUAACUCUGAACAAGCCCCUCGUGCAUUUACACAGAUGGCAUACUCGGCACACUUCCAACAAAUGUCGUUAUUCACUUUUCUACAUAUCUGUUCCGUCUGAUAUACAUGCUAGUGGACAAAAAUGUAAUGUUAAACACCUGCUUUCCCAAUCAAUUACUGCAGCAAUAACACACAUGUGUCCGCGUGUGAAGAAAGGGGAUACGAGUGGAAGGAAUAUCAUUGGGAAGCAGUGGGCAGCAGGGCUGGGAGAAUUAAUUUUAGCAAUGUUGUUUGUGUAAAUUGUUGGCUGACCACAGUUACUUUAGCUAAUUAUGGUUUAGUUCAACCAUCUAUUUAAAUUGAACACGAUAAAAAAAACUGCCAAUUUUAUUUAAAUGUGUGAAAAAUAUUAAUGUCACGUAAUUUUUAUUGACUCAAUGGAUCCCUCUGUUUUCAUUUUAAAAAACAAAUUAACAUUUUAGUCGCACACCUAUUUCAUUGGCUAUGAAUGAAUUGUGUCCUGACAGGAAACAGAUGUUCAGUAGUUUCACAGAUGUCCCCAGUGGAGGAACGGUCCAAUUGUGCCUUUGUGCCUUCUCACCUGCAACAGGAACAUGCGUUUAAGUUUGCAACAAACCUGGAGGCAUUGUACAUUGCACAAAAUAAUGGGUGUCGUUUGAGAGAGGGUAGUCACACAAUAACCAGGAAAUACGCCCCAUUGCUUCUGUCUCUCCACAUUAAAAGGUAUUGUAGGUCUGCAAUAAUCCUUCAAGGAUCUGUCUUACAAGGCCGUUUUUUUAGCUCCAACGAACAUUGUCUCGUUUAUUCCAGCGAUGUUGUACAUGCGUGUGAUUUACCCUGUGCAUUCGGGCGUGGAAAAUGAGAAAAUUAAAUGCGGAGUCGUAGUUUAUAUACGGGGCUCGUUUGUGCUCAGGAGACUCGGCUUGGAGCGAAUUUCCUUCACCAGGCUAUGAUUUGGCCAGGUUGGUUUGUACCUGCUUCUAACCCAGGAGCUUCCCAUCCUCAUUGAGCCACCAAUUAAUGAUGGUGCUUGGAGCCUCCUAGAAUAUAUAAAUCAUGUACAUUUCUCUCACAUGGUGAUGUUUCAAAUAAAAUAUCUAAUUACUUCGAGUUAUAUUUAACACAUCAUGACACAGCAAUGUCUUCUGGCAUACCAUUUUAAGCCUUUCAGUCUUAUGGCAGUGAACUUACGACAAGAGAAAAAUAACACGUUUGUUUAGCUGUGCAAGGUUUAAAUCUGGAACGAGUGGCGGAGUGUGGUUGGCAUUGGGACCUCACCCAAGGACUGAAACGCCCCCCCCCCCUCGUCCCAAUUUGCAGCUGGAGCCGUCCCCUUUCAAACGUUUGAGAUGGGACGCGAUGCAAGUCUCGUGUUCGUGUGUGAAUCGCUGUGAGAUGCCCCGGCGUAAAGUAGAAGUGGCUCUAUCAAAGGCAAAUCGUGAAAUCGUUCACGAGUUUGUUCUUUCCGCUCUUGAUGUCUCCUCCCUCGUGCCGUGAGGCUGACUUGUGGAGGAGCCAACGGGGAGGGGGGGGGGCAUCCUUGAGAUGCUGGGUGGCCCACCGGGUUUGUGGUGCCCAGAGCAGAAGUCUUGGCAGUGUUGGGGAGGCUCUCCCACCAAGCCACUGGGUGAUGAUGCAGCGGCAAUUCCCCGAGGAGGCACCAAGGAGCAUCCCCUGCAAGGCGACUCUAUUGUUCUGCUUGAGGAGCGAACGUGGACGGAAUUUUUGUGUGGGUUAAGGUCUGACAAAUUCGACCGCUUGAAUGCCAUAGGGUUGGUAUUCCUUAUGUGUUUUAUCCGAACGCCGUUUGCGUUGCUUGGCUGAAACAAACGAGAGCCUUAAAUUAUUAGUUUAAAACGAUACUUUAUGCCGGGUAUGGUACAUUUCAGUUUUAUAUGGAGAAUAUUGUUUGUUAUUUAAAAAUUUAAAUGUUUCAGUACUUGGGUUACAAAUGUUAUUGAUGUACAGUAGUUGCAUAAAAGAUGAAAACAUUUCACCCACAAGGUUGCAAUCAAAUGUGGUGUAGUCCGUGUGCAUACAUCUGCUUUGUGGAACUUUAAUACUGCUUAGUACAAAAGUGAUGGAGAAACGUAUUAUCUUUUUGCCUAUUAUCAGCUUGCUUAAAAAAACAUUUCUAGGGGGAAAAAAUAAUUGUUGUGAAUGUAAUUUGUAAUUACGAUAGUCAUUAAGGUUAUGUACACUGCACUUUGCUCAUAAUUGUAACAAGUUGGUGAAUUGUCCAUGAUUUGUCAUUGACGGUCCACCAACCAGAAAUCUGCGGUCCACCAAAUCCCAUCUUUUCGUGAUCCACCAACCCCAAAUCUCUCCGUUAUGCAUCUGCUCUAAAUUUCACCACGAUUCAGCAAUCCACAAAUCUUUCCGUGACCCGCCAACCCAAAAUCUCGCCGUAAUCCACCAACCCCAACUGCUGGGAGAACGAAGGUGGGGUGGGGUUAGGUGAGGGUCAAUAAACUUGCCCCAUUUUUUCAACUGCAGCUCCUGGGGCCUUGGUAAUAAUCACAUAGCAAAAACAUAUCGUAUCCACUCUUACCCCUCUCGGCCUAUUUGCUGUGGUUAGGGUCAUUGCCUGAAACGUCGUCGACUAUAUACAGAGUGCUUCAAAAAAAAUUAAACACUUCGGAGAAUUUGCACCAAUACCACAAUGUGCCUCCGGGCUCUGGAGACCACCUGGAGAAAAUUCCAGGCACGUGUUGACAACGAUGGCGAACAAGUGGAGACUCUUUGAAGCUAUCAACAUACAUUUGUUAUCAUGUUUCAGCGUAGUAUCCGUUCUUAAAAACGAUAGUACCAUAAUAAAUGUUAACAUUUUUUUGAAAGCACUUUUAUUGACGAACGCGUUGAGUUAAUUAAAUAAAAAAUAGUAAUAAUAAUGAUGGCUUUUAAGAUGAUAAUAAUAAAUUGUGCGAUCAUUCUGGCAACACUUGGGGCGCACGUGAUUGUCCGGGAGUCCAACGUGGCCGCCGACAGCUCGGAGGGGAAUCCGCUCCACGUGUGAAGGAGAAAAUUAUUCGUAAAUGAAAAACCAGAAAUAUCACAAAUCGUCGGUGAGUCUCGUUGCGGCGAUUUAUUUACGACAACAAACGAACAUUAAAGACGCAAAUGUGCCGUGUU